GGAUGACAGACACGUGAUUGGCAAAAUAUGAAUAGGAUGACAGACACGUGAUUGGCAAAAUUGUGAUUUUGACUUCACACCAAGUACCAAUAAUUCAAGCAAAGCGGACCCGGAACUCCCAUAGUCCCAUUAUCCCACAUCGGAAAUCCACUUCUAUGUCAACAUGAAUAGAAAUUAAUUGGAGGUAGACAAAUUGGUACACACAAAAGUUAGUUCCUAUUUUUCGGUUCAUCUUUAUUUAAUGAGUAUACUAAUAAUAGAUGUUAAAUAAUAAUAUUUAUCUAGUUUAAAAUAUUAAAUAAUUUAUUAUUUUAUAAUUAUUUUAGUCUUAUAUUUUUAAAAUUAUUACACCUAUUAUAUUAAAAGAUAAUAUAGUAAAAUCAUAUCUACUAUUUAUUAUUUUCUAAAAUUUAUGUUUAGUCAAUCAUGAAAAAACAAAAUUAAGCCUUGAAAAAGAGUGACCUUUUUCUCUCUCUAUACAUAUACAUGUCAACUAGAUUUUUUGCCAUCUCCAACCCAAAAGCAGCAUUCCAUAAUCUUUGUUUUCUAGCAUUUGCUGAGUCGAUUUCACCAUGGCAGCUUCCGACAACAACAACACUAACGAGGUCGUCAACGAUUUAUACCCUUUCUAUCGACUCUAUAAAGACGGUCGAGUAGAACGUUUCUACCAACAAUUUGGUGCAGUCGAAGUUCCUCCAUCGCUAGAAGAUCCAGCCACUGGCGUAUCAUCCAAAGAUGUGAACAUCACUCCUCACGUCUCUGCCAGACUCUACCUUCCAAAAAAUACUGCCCCUGAUCAAAAGCUACCUAUCUUAGUGUAUUACCAUGGCGGAGGACUUGUGGUGGGAUCCCCCUUCUUCAAAAUGGAACAUUGUUACCUCAACCACUUGGUUUCUGAAUCGAAUUGCAUUGCUAUCUCUGUAAACUACAGGCUUGCCCCUGAGAAUGACCUAUCGACAAUUUACCAGGAUUGUUGGGAUGCCCUUCAGUGGGUUGCUUCACAUGUUGUUGCUACUACCGUUAACAAAGAACCAUGGAUAGAAAACCACGGUGAUCUUAACAGAUUGUUCGUAGCAGGGGACAGUGCUGGAGGCAAUAUAGUCUUUAACAUGGUCACGAGAGUUGGUAGAGAAAGCUUAAUUGGAGACGUGAAACUCGUGGGUGCCAUCUUGGCUUUCCCUUUCCUGUUGAUCCCAUCGGUUGAAAAUAUUGAGCAAACUUUGUCUUACAAGCUUUGGAAUAUCAUUUGUCCACCAUCUGAGCCCGGAAUUGAUAGCCCAAUGGUUAAUCCAGUUUCAGAAAAGAUCCCUAGCUUAUCGAUGCUAGGAUGCUCAAGAAUUUUCGUGUUUACAGGAGAGAAAGACGAGCUUGUCCCAACCGAAAUAGGAACUAAAUUCGUCGAAGCUGUGAAGAAAAGUGGCUGGAAAGGGGAAAUAGAGUUCAUUGAGGUUGAAGGUGAAGGUCAUUGCUUUCAAUGUGUUAAUCCUGAAGCUGAGAAAGCUAAAGACCUGAUCAAGCGCAUGGCUUCUUUCAUCCAACGCAAGUGAAACGUGUACAAUAUCUUUGUAGAUCGGCCUUUCCUCUUUAGUACGCCCGUGACCGGUCCGCAAUUUUUUAUAUCACUAUUAUUAUUUUUAUUGAAACUUUCAAUCUUAUAUUCGCAGUAAGUAAUAUCUGUAAUAAAACUGUUGGGUAGUUAUUUCAUUAAUUAUGAAUGAUUUAAUAUUGUCUGUGGGCGAUAAA